UUUUGUCAUCGACACAAGUAUUUAUUGUGCGCUUUAAAAAUUGAAAAUUUAUAUUUACCCGUCGCGCUUCGCGAAUCACUUGUUUAAAUUUUGCUUAAUCAGCGCGCUUUUUCGUCUGCUUGUGUCAAAACUGUAUUUGGUUUGCAGUCAACAUGGUGGCUAUUGAAUUAUUACCGCAUUAUGGCUCGGUUAUUCUUGUCGGAAUUGCAUCUGCUUUUCUCCUCACUUGGCAAGGAAUUCAGGUUGGAAAGAUGAGGAAGAAGUUCAAGAUUACCUAUCCUACAAUGUACUCAAAUGACAACACCCUGUUUAAUUGCUAUCAAAGAGCUCACCAAAACACACUGGAGAAUUACCCACAGUUUCUAAUGCUGCUGUUUAUUGGAGGCCUUCAAUAUCCAUUGGUUACAGCAGUGGCAGGUCUGGUUUGGAUUGCGGGCAAGGUGUCUUACAGUUUGGGGUAUUACACUGGUGAUCCUGCCAAAAGAAUGAGAGGGGGAUACAGUUAUAUUGGACUGUUAACCAUGUUGGGAACAUCUCUAUGUUUCGCCUUUAAACUCCUAGAGUUCUACUGAAAAGUGAAGCAAUUAAAUUCUCUUUCGUUUAGCUCCAAUAUUACCUAGAUGUGUGGGCAGUAUGGCAGCUAGUCACUUGAAUUUUCACAAAUCAUAGCACUUCUCUAAAAAAAUCAGUAAUUUCUAAUAUGUUCACUGAUUACCAAGUUUUUCUACAUUUUGUUAUUUUUAUGAAUUUCAAAACAAUUAUUAAUAAUUUCACUUUGGUGGUUUAUGGAUCAAACAUUUUUUGUAAAACAGAAUAGUUGAUUAAAAGUAAUAAAAAUGAAACUAUCACAUAAAAAAUGUUAUAUCACUAAAAAAAGGAAACUUAAAACCCAGGUGUCUUCUUGUAAUCCAGAUAAGUUUACUCUUAUUCACUGGUAUAGGCACUGGUAAAUUGAAAACAUUUAAGACCCAAAAUAAAUAAGCAUCGCAAAUUUCUAGUCGAUAAA